AGUUUGUGAUUAAAGUUAUUGGAAAUAGAAAUGACCUAUUUUAGUGAAAUUUGUAGAAUUUGUUUAUGCGAUAAUCUACGCAUGUAUGUACUAAAGAAGACUGGUCUCGAAAAUUUGUACAAAACAUUGACGAAUAGUUUUGUGGAUGUGGAUGAGGAGGUCAUAAUUGUCUGUUUCAUCUGUCAUGCAAGACUCAUUCGUUGCAGAACAUUACAACAACAGGCUAUUGAGUCAAAUGCAGUUCUGGAGCAGUUGCUUGCAGGAGGGUCUAUGGUAUUAUAUGUAUGGUGGUAUUAUCCGUUCCAUCCAUUAAAACCUAUAAAAGUCCCUCAUAGAUUGCUUUUUGCGAGGGAUUUUGCCAAAUUUGCCACACUUGGUAGGUUGGCAACCGCAGUUUAUAUUAGUCUGAGUUGUUGUCAGGAAGAUGCUGCCGCCCAACUCCUGUUUCUGUUUCCCUCUGUCGCCAGUAGGGCAGUGGAUAUUCUUACACCGCCACUACACGGUCCACGGUAUUAUACCUGUUAUUAAUUAAAUUUCACUGCCUGGUGGUUCAUUCCUAUUAUAAUGAAAUAUUUGCCUUAAUCAUCACUUGGCGUUUCCAUAUGGGAGAAUGUUUUUUCUACUGCAAAGUUAAGUUUAUCCUUCAAUCCAACUUAUUCGUUAGAGCAAUGUUCUAUAUUUUACGAAUUACAGUGAUGAUUUCUUAUAUUUAUGCGAACACUACAGAUUGAAUAAAACUAUUUUUACGGAUUUUAUCGCGCUUAAUUAACUUAUUUUCUAUUCCCGACGUUUUGGUUGCUUUCCAGCAACCGUGGUCACGGGGGACUGAGGUAAUUGACGUCCCGAUGUCAGAGUUAAACCGGAGUACCUUCAGCUUUUUUAAUUAAUAAUUUUGGUCCAAUCUACGCAGAAUAUACUAACUGUGUCUUGAAGUCUUGCAGUGGUAUGCAAGUCAAUCUAUUUAUUUAAAAUAUAAAAGGUUUUAGUACUGAUGUGGUCACUAUAAGACGUUGUUAAGUUAGCUAAUUACGUAAUAACUUAAGAUAGAAGGACCCUUAAGUAGGGACUGAAUAAAUUAACUGACUUGGUAUUACAUGGAUCUCACAACUUUUUACGGUAGCAGAACUGAGUUGCAAGACUUGGUUUUUUCUACAAGUUAUAUUUUUGAUGGUAUGUAAUACUACUCAGUAAACAAAGAUAGAUCAUUGUCAAUUUACUGCAUUUGUGAAUCUGAUUGGAUAUAUUGUUGAGACUCGAUACUCGGGAUGGAUGAACUAUAUAUAUAUUCUUAUGUAAGUUUAUUUGGAACCCUCACUUUGUCCGGUUUUUAUUAUUAUUUGGAGUUGUCAGGUUGAUGCUGCUGCCCUGUCCCUUUUUAUGAAAUCUGCGGGAUGGUAUGGUAGAAUGGAUUCUCCUACGGCACCACUACACUGGCUUUAUCUCUUAUUAACAAAAGAAUUUGGUUUCAGUCAAUACCAAAUCAUCAUGAGGCUAGAGAUAAGAUUCAAUUCACUCCAAUUAGUCAUAUAGAUAUCAGGCCAGUAGAGUGUGAUCUAGAUAAUGAUUGUCAGAACGAUAUGUUUAGCCUUGAAUCUGUUAAAGUUGAGGAAGAGAAUUUCGAAAAUGAGAAUUUCAGAUUUGAAGAAAAUGUGAAUCAUGAAAUAGGUAAGAUAUACACAUUUUGUGAUUUAAUAAAAUAAGCUACAAGUUACCUAAUGGCAAGUGGUUACUGUAGCCCAUGGACACAAAAUAAUAUUAUAGUGGCAUAUAUACAAAUUUACUCGACAAGGCGCCUUUAACGCGAAUGUUACGCGUUCUUAAUAGAAAGGCUGAAGACAAUGAUUUAUUCUGUUGCACCUUGAGUGAAUUCACUAGGGUAAGAUUGUUUACAAUUUGUAACAGUUAAUGACCUCAUUUUGCAUGAGAAGAACUACACUGUCGCAUUAGGUUAUUCCUGUCAUGAUAGUUGUUAGUUUAAAUAAAAACUAUCGGUAAAUCCAAUUAUGCAUGCCCUAAGCGCAUUAAAAAAAUUACGUAUGACAUGAUUAUAACGGAAUUUUUUUAAAGUAGCUUAAAUACACACAAGUAUGCUUAACGUAAUUACCAAGACAUAUUUUUCCCAAGGUUACUACUAAUACGAGGUUAAAAUUAAUAGCUAUCUUACAAAUUAUUACAGCACUGAUCUUAAAUCAUUCAAACUGUAUACACAGAUAUUUUCAUGGUCAUAUAUGCCCAUACAUACAUGCUAAAUCCCAAAACAAGAAUUUAAUCGUAAAAUCUUUAAAAAAAUAUUUCUUAAUAACCAAGCGCAGCGCGAGGAGCUCAGGCCCCCUCCGCUGUCGACAUGCUUCGAUAAGCUAUCUUUCUCACACUUAUGGCUACGCAUAAGAAGACUUUUUUGUCGUAUUCAUUUGUAAAUUUUAUUCACGUCUGGGAGUUGUUUAAAACCGCUAAAUUCGUUUGGCAUUUUGCAAAUAUUAUUAAAAAUGACUCAAUAAAAAAAUUUAUUAUAACUAAACUAAAUACAAUUAUUCUGCUAACAGAUUAAAAAAUAGAUAGAGUUAAACAAUUAAUAUUUUCAAAACCGUAGAGCCAUGCUGCAGCUAUAUUAGUAUUUAGUAGUAUAAUUGUAGCACGCAUGGGUCGGCUUAACAGGGGAAGGACCACGCUCUCACAGAAUACCAGCGUAAAAUGGCAGCUUGACGCUGCUGUGUUUCGGAUGGUGAGUGUAGAGAACCGGAGACCCAUUUUACUGGAAUAAAGGCAUUCCAUCUUAGUCCUCACGGGUGACAACGCAUCUGCAUUUUGAUUCUUCAUUGAGGAUAAAUGUAGAUGUCUAUGAGUCACAGCAACCACUUACCAUCAGGCUGGCUGUGUGCUCGUUUGUUAUUCUAUCUUAUAAAAAAAUGCGGACUUAAUAAAUCUACACCAUAAGACACUAAAACCACUUUUUUAUGUAAAAAUAGCAAUAAAUCGAUUUAAAAAAAAAUUAAUAAGUCCAACAAUCAUUUAUCUUUCUGACAAUGUGGUUUUUAUAUCAUUUAUAUGUUCAAUAUAAUUGUUAGAUGCGAUUUUAUGCGACAAAACAUUGGAAUCUUGAUUUUUAGGCGCUAGUAGAACAUACCUACGCGUUUUGCGCUAGACAUGAUUGUCAAUGUAAAAUAAUGAGCUUCUUCAGACAUUUUUUUUACUUAUGCAUUAAUAUAUUUUAAAAAUAUUUUGAUCCUGUAUAAAUGCAGCCAGUAUGUAUGUCACUAAGAUGGAUUAAUUUCAUAGGAAUUAAUGAUAUACUUACAACUGGUAAGCAACCUGUCUUUGCCAAUUUCUUUAGGAAUGCCACAAAGCACGGGCCUUAGCCACCUGCAUCCAUCGACUUCCUGCAUGUCUUACCAGGUUGUCACUCCAUCUAGUGGGGGCCGCCCUACACUACGUCUACCAGUACGAGGUUGCCACUCGAGAACCUCUCUUCCCCAUCGAUUGUCAGUUCUGCGGCCCAUUGCCACUUCAGCUUCUUACACUUAGCUUAUGAAACAUGCAGUAUGGUAAUGAAAGUGGGUGGCUCAGGCCCAUAAGCUUUGUGGUGGACUGUAAUGAUCUAGUCGCUUGAAAAAAAUAUCAGUAAUUAUUUUAUAUAUUGAGUCAGAAUCUGUUUCAUUCUAGAGAGUGCUGAAAAACAAGAAGAUUUGGAGAUUGAUGCUUUUGAAGAUAGACAUACGGAUUUGGAUGACGACUUGCCGCUAAUUGCAUUUGGUUCAAAGAGUAAAAAAGAUGACGAUGACAUAGAAUCUUCUGAGAAGAAGAUUAAAUCAAAUUCUACUGCUUGUAACAUAAACGAUGUUCGUGAAGAAGACCUCGAUUUUGAAGGCCCUACUAUUAAAUCAAACCCUAAAAUGAAAAAAGAUAAUCAACCAAUUAAUAAAAAAGAAAAGCAUCCUGC